CGCUGUCCCGCUGUCCCGCUCUCCUGCUCUCCUGCUGUCCUGCUCUCCUGCUCGCGCGGGCUCACCACCCUGGGAAAUCUUACACCUUCAAGCACUGUGUUUUUUUGCUGUGAUAUGCAGGAAAGGUUCAGACCAGCCAUCAAGUACUUUGGGGAUAUUAUAAGCGUGGGGCAAAGACUGUUACAAGGGGCCCGGAUUUUAGGAAUUCCAGUUAUUGUAACAGAACAAUACCCUAAAGGUCUUGGAAGCACUGUUCAAGAAAUUGAUUUAACAGGUGUAAAGCUGGUACUUCCAAAGAGCAAGUUUUCAAUGGUGUUACCAGAAGUAGAAGCAGCAUUAGCAGAGAUUCCUGGAGUCAGGAGUGUUGUAUUAUUUGGAGUAGAAACUCACGUAUGCAUCCAGCAAACUGCUCUGGAGCUCGUUGGUCGAGGUAUAGAGGUUCACAUUGUUGCUGACGCCACCUCAUCAAGAAGCAUGAUGGACAGGAUGUUCGCCCUGGAGCGCCUUGCUCGAACGGGGAUCAUAGUUACCACAAGUGAAGCUGUUCUGCUACAGCUGGUGGCUGACAAGGACCAUCCAAAAUUCAAAGAAAUUCAGAAUCUAAUAAAGGCGAGUGCUCCAGAGUCAGGUCUGCUCUCCAAAGUAUAGGACACAUGAAGGACUGGUAUCCUACCCACUAUCAAGUGACAGAACUGUAAACCUAGACAAAUUCUUGUCUCUACUAGAAUUAAAAUGUGAAGUCAAAAAUGGCUCGUUUUUUGCAGCUCUUAGUAACACUUAACUAGCUAGAUCAUUUGGGUACCAGCAUUUAGUUUCCAGUGUCCAAGGCUUCAGGUGCUGCUUACAUUCUUGUUUCCUAACUGUUUUUAUUUAAUAAAAAAAAAUUACAAUGGAGGUGCCUGUUUUGUCUAUUCUGUACACACUGAUCAAGUGCACACUAUGGUGAAGGGUUCCUAAAUUGUGCAUUUUAGAGAAAAUAUAUUCCAGUAAUGGUUUGAUGUUUGUAUUAUGGUAAGAUGUGUUAUUUUAAUAGAUUCAGUGCUUUACAGGUUGAUGUAAUAGGAUUAAUAUGUGUGAAUUUAAACAAAGGACUCUGCGUCACGUUACCCACGUCUCGUACAGUGUCAUUGACUUACUUAUUGAGUGAGUUGCCUUGCUCUAACAUGACCAAGUUAUGUAGAAUAAUUAUAUGUCUUUCUAGAUUGUUGAUUUUCUUACUCUGGUCACUAAUUCUCAGUUCAUGUUCGUUUUUUUAGCUGAAUCUCUUGCCUAGAGAGACCCACUGAAUCCUUGCUUAUUUUAAUUUGUAAACAGAAUGAUUUGCAGGGCCACACAACUGAUAGAGGGCCAUUUAACAUCACUGAGGUAGGACUUUAGCUCAGUAUCUUUACAGCCAUCGUGAGUACAUUUCUAUUAUGCACAGAUUUAGCAAACAGGUAAAGCCUGCAUAAAAUACAGUUUGAAAAUGUUCAUAGUCUGUUUUAUAUUUUGUCCACCUGCUGUCAAAAUGUAAACCCAAGGCAUCUGUAAUGAUUAGGUAGGACUAACAUUGUGAUCAUUGUUACCUUUCAAAACAUUUAUUUUCUUUAAAUACUUACUAGAGUGUUUUAAAACUGGGUUUCUUUUUAAUAGUAUGUGAAAUGUGGAACAUUAUUGUCUUUUCUAUUAAAGCAAUUAAAAAAACUG